GCGGGGGCCUUCGUGGCGCAGCGGCGCGCCCGCGCAGGCGCAGUAGGGGUGACUUUGAGGCCCGCGGCGGGAUGCUGAGCAAGCUGGUGGGGCCGCGCUACGUCCAGCUCCUCCAGAACUGGACUCCCACCCUCGUUACAUGGGGUGGUGUGGCUGGGACUGGUUUAAUAUGGCUCACAGACUGGAAACUGGUCCUUCAGUAUGUUCCUUACAUCGGCGGCAAGUAUAAAACUGAAGAUUAAGCUUCCCUCUAAUGGAAAUUUACUGCUGGAUAGAGUGUGUUGGAGCCAUCCGUCCGCUGAGACCCUGGUUUGAGGUGAACUUGAAAUGCCCAGUACAGAUUCUACUACAGGUUGUGGUGUCCCUCUGUCUGCCACAAACAGUUGUGACCGCUUGGUUGUGAACAAAUUUCACUUCACUGUCCAACCUGCCUAGUAGUCUUCCUCUGAUCACUUUCACAGCAGAUCUUGUUCUAAUGGGAGUAAUUUAUAAACCUGAUGUACAAAAUAAACCGAGUGAAUGAUG